AUGUUCAAAAGACUUUUAACAACCACCUCUAGCCCUGUUUUGUCUUGGUAUUCCUCUCAAAAAAUGCCACUCGUCAAUGCAGCAUGUUUGAUUAUCGGCGAUGAGGUCCUAAAUGGUAAAAUCACUGACACCAAUUCCCGAUUCUUUGCUCAAUAUUGUUACCGGUUAGGCGUUAAUCUUCGAGAAAUAGCAACCAUUGGGGACCAAAAGGAUCAGAUUUCAAGCUCGAUCACGCGUCUCAGCGCAGAGAAUGAUUUUGUGAUCACUUCAGGUGGCAUUGGCCCAACCCACGACGAUAUCACAUACGAAUCCAUUGCCAGCGCUUUCAAUCUGCAUUGCAAACUCGACAAUCAAUGCCAAGAUCGUAUGCGAAAAAUCUCCAAGCCGGAACAACGAUACGAUUCUGACGCACUCAAAGAUUUUUACCGGAUGGCCACGUUACCAACCGGUCCAGAUGUGCACAACUAUUACGUUUUGGACGAAUUAUGGGUACCCAUAGUGGGAAUCAGCAAAAAAGUUUACAUUUUGCCUGGGAUCCCACAGCUUUUCGAAAAACUGCUAAAUGCGUUUGAACCCACACUUAAACAAUUGUACGAUGUCAACGAAAGAAACCCUCAUCUUUACGAACGGUAUUUUAUUAAAACCAAAAAAUCGGAAUCUGAAAUCUCAGCGUUUCUACGUGAACUGCAAUCGCGGUGCCUGACGGUCUCCAAGGAAAUCAAAAUUGGUUCGUAUCCACACUAUGGAAUGGGGUUUAAUACUGUGAGUAUCCUGGGUCUCAAAGAGCAUAACAUUUUCCUCAAAGAGUUGGUAAAGGAAUCGUUACAAAAGCUUGAUGGUACGCCAAUAACGGCCGAGGAGGAACAACGGUAUUCCGAUGCAAGAUAA